AUGAUGGUCGGUUUCCAAAAGAUCUUAAAGGGGCUCUGCGACGGCUGCCUUCUUCUGGACCAGGAGAUGACGGUGCGUGGGCGUGCUUCUCAAUCCUGUUUGCAGCGUCUACUCUCCACCCGGAAGAGCUUUGAGGGAACUGACUUCAGAACGCUGAUUGCUUACCGAGAAGACAAGAAGAACUUUGCCACCCUUGUGGGUGCAUCCGGUACAUCAUCCGACGACGCUGACGAUUCACCGCCUCCAUGUUUGCGGAUCAGCAUGUCAGAAGCUGCCCAGGUUGCAUCAGUGGAUGUCUUUCAUGCUGUUUUGCCAGGCCUUUUUGGUGCGGAGCGACAUCACAUCCUAGCGUUUGUCGAGGACACUGCCGGGCGCCAGGCUCCACUUGCCACCCAUGGUACCCCAGACUCUGAUCAAAUCCGAGGUGGAAGCGUCCCCUCGAGGGAGUCGGAAGCUGCCUCGUCAUCAGGCGCACGAAGCAAUGAGGUCCUGGAGGUCUUGCAAAAUUUGAUGGAAGCCACGUUUCUCAUCGACCCCUGCUCCCCAAACGCAGAUCUCUUGGAGGCUCACCUGAAGUUCCACAGAAUGCAUUCUGUACAGCAGCCACCUUCGAUGAGGAUGCUAAGCAAGAUUGAUGCAUGGGACGAUCUGCAGAGGCUGCUGACAACCUAUGCCGUGCGCGUGCUGCAGGGGGCUCCUCCUGACUUGCCAGCGGCGUUGCGGGCCAUGCAGCUACGAGUUCCUGGAGCUCCCCGGAAGCUGCUCAAAGCCAACCAAGUACGGCUGAGCGUUGCAAACCGCAGCCGGGAGUUCGGGCAACCAAUCUUUUUGUACCUCCACUUGAAGAGCUUCAACAAGAAGUAUGCGCGGCCAAGCUAUAUUACCAACCUGCAGAGCAAAGUGCUCCCGGAGCAGCUGGAAGAUGAUGCUAGUGAGGAUUCAGAGCAGCCGCACAAUGUUUCGGCUGAGGACACAGAGUCUCACGCUGCAGAUAGCCAUUUAGAUGAAAUUCCUGUGUCGCAAUGUCUGCCAGCAGGUGUUCGUGUGGUUGGCCCACUUUGUAGCUUUUGA